CAUGUUGUGAUUUAAGCAGAAUGGGGGAUAGAGAAUAAUCGACUGUGUAUAUGUGUUCAAUUUCAUUUAGAAAAACGGCUAAUGAAUUGAGAAAAAAAAUGUUGUACAUUCGUAUUGUGUAAUCAAAGUCGAUAAAAUGAUAUUAUUUGGUUAAAAUAUCUAAACAUUUCUAGUGAAUUCUGUUGAAAAAAAAAAUUAUCAAAUAAAGUGAGUGAAAAGAAGAAGUAAAAAAGAGAAAUAAUGGUCGGCGGCGGACAAUAAAUUGUGCAAAUUGCAAAACAUGGGGUAAACAUGGAUGAAUCCGAGAAAGAAGCGGUGGUUCUUCAUGAGAUUUUUAUUUUAAAGAUACACGAAAACUAUUAAGGAACACUUAAAGUGAUGACAUCGACAUUAAUUACGAAUUCUCAAGCAUCAGGUGUGGAAGCUUAUGAAGAUAUGUUUAAAGAAAUCACUCGAAAACUAUACGGUGAGGAAUCAAGUCAAAACGUUCAAACACCAGUCAAUAUCACACCAACAACACCAGUUUUAGAUGCUGAACGGUCAUUUUCAAAUUUGUUAUCGGAUCGAACAUCCACCGGUGAAUAUGAACAUGGUGUCGGCGUCGAAAAUGCUGGUCCACUCAAAAGUGAUGAUCAUUUAACUGCAUUUGGAUUGGCAUUAAUGCAAAACGGUUUUCCUACGCCCAAUGCAAUACUAAACAGUCACACAUUUCACCAGAUCAAUAAACAAAAUCAAACGAAUCCAUCUGCAUCAAAUACGUUGAACUCAUUUUCCAGCAAUUUGAAUUCUGUUCAAGGACAAAGUAAUACUUCGAACGAAUUAAAUUUACAAAAAACCACACAACACGGAAACGAAUUGAAUGCCUGGAUAUCCAGUACAAAGUGUGAAUCAUAUCAAAACGCACAUCAAAAGCAGUUCAAGAGCAAAAAGCAGGACAUAAUGAUGACAUCGUCACAACAUUUGAUAAAUGAACCAUUAAAAUCUACAAAUGAUAUGAACGGUAACACUGCACAAAGCGGUCAAACACUUCAGAAACGUUACAAUUGCACAAACUGCACAUAUUCCAGUGAUCGACGAGACCUUUUCACGCGACAUGAAAACAUUCACAAAGAUGAUAAACCAUUUCAUUGUUAUGUGUGUUUAAAGCAAUUCAAUCGUGCCGAUCACGUGAAAAAGCAUUUUUUGCGAAUGCAUCGAGGUUUAAAUUAUGAUAUUUGUCGCACCAAAAGAUCAUUGCCUCAGCAAAAAUCGAAAAAAUCAAAUUCAUCGGGAGCCGGAUAUAAUAAUACAAGUGACAUGAUCAAUAUAUCGUCUAAUUUUCAUGCAACACUACAAAAUUCGAAUGUCGAGCAACCAUCACAAGCAUCAAUCAUCGAUCAAACAAAUCAACAUUUGAGCAAUACAUUCCACGGAGGUGGUACCACAUCAACAUCAAAUCAUCAAAACCAAUCACAGCAAUUGAAUGUAAAAGUGGAGAAAAACACCGAAAAACCGACAAUCGUCGAUAAGCGCUUUAUGUGCUGCUAUUGUUCGUGGUCGGGCAAUGAUAAUUGGGGAUUGAAACGUCAUUUGAAUACACAUACCAAGCCAUUUGUUUGUGUGCUGUGUGACUAUAAAGCGGCACGAAGCGAGCGAUUGGCCACCCAUGUGUUGAAAGUUCACAAUAAAAAAAUCUGCACAAAAUGCAACUUUUUGGCGGAAAACCAAAACGAUUAUAAUAACCAUGUGAAUGAUGCACACGCUAAUGACACAAGGUCCCAUCGAAAUUCACAAGUUACUAAUACAUCCGAUACCCGAUCACCGGCAAACAACAUUUUACGGAAUACAAACAAUAGCUUUGGCGAAAGCAAUUCAUUUAAUGCUAUGCAGAGUGGAUCGUCCAAUCAGUCAAUCAACAAUUGGCGUUUAAUGAACAACACUGGUCCACCGGAUAUUGCCAAAACAAAUGGAAACAGUAAUAGUAAUCAAAAGCGAGGUGCUGAACGACUCUUUCAAUAUUUUGAAGCUGGCGACAGUGAUCCGGAAGAAGAUUAUGCGCGUCAAUUGCAAAUGGCAGCAAUAAGUAGAAAUACAGCAGCAGUGGCGCAGGAUUUUCAUAAUGCGGGGGGUGGAAAUCAAACAUUUCCAAUGUGCGAAUUGCAUAUUUAUGAUAAAAACAGUAAGCAACAGUCAGUCAACGAAUUUUUAAGCUCAAAUAAUAUCAAAAUCGAUGCACACACAACUGAUGUGAUGUUUAAUCAAGAAUCGUUGAUCGAGCAAUAUUUUACAAUUUCACCUCCCGCUAAACAAUUUGAUGAAAAUGAAAAAGAAAACACGCCAUUUUCAAUAACGAUGCCUUACAAAGUCCCAUCCAAUGUGUACUACAGUUUGGAUAUGGAUGCUCGAAAAUUUUAAUCAUGUUCAAACAAAAAAUAAUUACACGGUUGAUGCGUCGAAUUUAUCCAACACCAGAGUUUAUAAGAAUUGACCAGAUUCACGGCAGCCGGUUAAGUUAGGCUAAGGUGCAUUUUAUCAUCAAUAAAAAAAAGAAAAGAAAUGCAUCUAUCAUAUUCACAAGCAGUUGUCAUUAUCAUUCAAUUGCAAAAUUGAAUUUUAUAUAUUCGAACUAAAAAAAAAGAGAGAAUACAUAUUUUUUGAUUGAUGGCAAGAAAAUAAUCAAUGCAAAUAGUAGCUGUUCGGUCAGUAAUUAACAAGCACAUUGUUUUUGUAAAUAAAUCAAUCAAUAAUUUGGAAUUGCACAAAAAAUGAUGAAAUUUUAUUUGCAUUAAAAUUAGAUUUUCAUAAGAAGAAAAUGAUGUAAUCGAACAUGAGGCAUUUGUGUCAUUUAAAAUAAUUCUGGAAUAAGUGAAUAACUUGUGUUUUGAAAAAAUCCAACAUUUCUCCAUUCUUCACAAAAUCAAUUGUUUCUUUUCUUCUGCUUACAAUUCUAUUUCAAAACAAUGCACAAUUUCAAAUAU